GACCUUUUUCGCGAUAACGCCGGACAAACAUGACCUAGUCCACCGUGAUUUACUCCUCGAGUUUCUCUUUACUUUUUGACGACAAUCCCUGAACGCCCCAAGUUUCAUUGCCUGCUUCCGACCAGCCCAUCCCUCAAUGAUCCCCUCGGCGCGUUGAUACAUCCAUCUGUUGGGAAUCGUAUGGGGGAAGUUGCAGCUACGCCAUCACGCUAAUUGAAUCGGCUGCCUUCACCGGACAAACAACGUCAUGAUGGGCAAUGGGAAGAAUGGCCAGCCGGAUGCUGGGCUGAAAAGCCUUGAUCAUUACCGGAACCAGCUUCCCUACUGGCGAUACUGGCCACGACAAAAGCUUCUCCCGCUGAUUCGAUAUGAGACACCAUAUCUAGCCUGGUUCCAAGAGAGGAUUCGCACCCCGGCCCUCGACUCCUACUUUGCCUUCACAGCCAAUCUGGGUACACAUACUUUUUUCAUGGUCUUUCUGCCGAUCCUCUUCUGGUGCGGCUAUGCGAGCUUAGGACGCGGGAUGGUGCACCUUCUGGCUUCGGGGGUAUUCUUCAGUGGCUUCAUCAAAGACUUGCUAUGCCUACCGCGGCCUCUGUCCCCUCCUCUUCAACGGAUAACAAUGUCCGGCUCCGCAGCGUUAGAAUACGGGUUUCCUUCGACCCACUCUACCAAUGCGGUUUCGGUUGCGGUGUAUGCGCUCUCACUCUUGAACUCUCCCGAAGCGACUCUGGGCCCUCAGGCCAACUUCAUUCUCCAAGCCAUAACGUACCUCUACGUCAUAUCGAUAGUUCUGGGUCGCCUGUACUGUGGAAUGCACGGGUUUUCCGAUGUCAUCACGGGCUGUCUUCUUGGGGCUUUUCUCGCCUAUCUACAGUAUACGUUUGGGCCCGUUAUUGACGAGUAUGUCCUGGCUGCAACCGGGAAGGGUGUCACACUAGUGGUCCUGUUGAUCCUGGGGCUGGUUCGUGUGCAUCCGGAGCCUGCCGACGAUUGUCCUUGUUUCGACGAUAGUGUGGCUUUUGCAGGUGUGAUGGUUGGCGCACAGGUGGCUUACUGGCAUAUUGCAAAGUCAAGUAUGGGGUUGGAUGAGCCUGUGCCAGCUAGAGUCCCAUUUGAAUUCGAGCGCAUAGGAGCGGUGAAGACGGCUUUGCGACUCAUCAUUGGCGUACUGGUGCUCUUCACAUGGCGAGCCCUCACCAAACCAUUCCUACUCCGAGUUCUGCCGCCUGUCUUCCGGGGCCUGGAGAAGCUGGGUCUUAUCCUUCCCCGGAGAUUCUUCACGAACGCUUCACAAUACACGAAAGUCCCAUCCCAGCUCAGGGAUCACGAAGUGCUGCCGGGAUUCUCAGAGAUCCCCUCGAUUAUCACCACUAUCCGUCAUCCCAGGCGGCGAGCCAUUUCAAUUGGCCCCCAAUCGGAAGCCGAUGCCUAUGAGACCUUGGCAUACCGUGAGAAACGCAGACGGGAAAGUCUUUCAACGGGUAACCGAGCAUCUCCUAUUACAGAUGCUGGUGGUCACAAUUCGCCUGUCCCGGAACACGAUCCCCCUAAAUUGUCGCGAAAACAAUCCAAGCUACACGAGUACGAGAAUAUGAUGGGUACCGGUGCUCCUGGUCUGGCGACGUCUGUCGAUGUUGGCUCGCAAGACACCUCUUCCACGGUUCCCUUCCCCGAGUUCGAUUCGGGAAUCGAGGCCGACGAGAAGGAAGUGUUUUCGCAGAUUAAACGGCCCCGGGUGCGGUAUGAUGUCGAAGUAGUCACGAAGCUUGUUGUAUAUUCUGGAAUUGCGUGGAUUGUGAUGGAGGGAGCGCCUCUACUCUUCGAUCGGAUAGGGCUGGCGGCAUAGUAGCAGGAUGGGUCCGACUGCCACCGACCGUUUCGAUUCUGUAACCUUUUCCCCUUGUUUUUACGGUUCAGCGGGCUGGACUCAACAAGUCCUUGUUGUAACAUAGCUGCCGUUCUUGUACAUAGACCGUUGAUGAUCGUUUUAAAUGUUGGAAUUUCUCAG